UACAUCUUGUUAAGAAACGAGAGUACGAGACCCUAGUACUUGGAGUGAGAAAGGCAGCUUUAACAGUUAAACCCGCAAUUAAUUAUCCGAGCUCAAAGGUUAAUCAUCUAAAUCUCAUCAAAUAAAAAAGAAAAACAACGCCUCUGUAACUUCCCUCGGCCAGGCAGCCAUGCUCUUCAGAAUUCCCUCCUUGUCUUGAUUACUCUAAUCCAUCCUCCCCUUAAUACACCAUACUCUUUGCCUCUGCUACUUGUUCCGUUUUACUCCCUUCCUUUUUUUCUAUUUCCCUCCCGUUUUUGCUUCUUUUCUGUCUUUCCAUAGCCAUUACUUCACCUCAAAACUCCACGCACGCACGCUCCCCCUCCUCCCUUUAUUAAUUACAUUCACCUGACGAUCGGCCGGCCAAACCCCAGUUCAGAAGUCGUUGUGAUUUGCCCUUCUCUGGAUCGAAACCAAGUUUAGCUAUCAUCAGUACAUUGUAAUGACGAAGCAGAGGAAGUGCUCUGUUCUUGGAGUUGCUGUGAUUGCCGCGGCAGUGCUGCUGUUAUUCGGGCUAUGUAGUGCUGCGCAAGCGCCGCCGCCGGCGGAGGAGCCGCAGACGUUUGUGAGGAAGUUCAUAAGUUGGGAUGACGCGAGGCUCGAUGGCUAUAGCUAUGAAAAUGGUUAUGGGGAUGAGCAGCAGCAGGGGGAAGCGAGGCCGAGUUACGGCGAGGCAUAUUACAAGGGAAGCAGAGUGAUCGUCGUGGACCAGAACGGCGGCGGGGAUUCCGUUACUGUUCAAGGAGCCGUGGAUUUGGUCCAUGAGUUCAACACUCAGAGGGUUAAAAUCCACAUCCUCCCCGGUACUUACAGGGAGAAGGUUGUUGUGCCAGUUACCAAGCCGUACGUCUCGCUGAUUGGGAACGAAAGCGACGUGUCCAAAACAGUGAUAACAUGGCACAACAAAGCUUCUGAUUUGGACUCCAGAGGAAUUGAGCUUGGAACCUUCAAGUCUGCGUCGGUUACCGUUCUCUCCGAUUUCUUCUGCGCCACUGGGCUCACUUUCGAGAAUUCGGUAGUGGCAGUUCCAGGAGGAUAUGGAAUGCAAGCAGUGGCGCUGAGGGUUGCAGGGGACAAAGCUUUCUUCUACAGGGUGAAGAUCAAAGGUUCGCAGGACACGCUGCUGGACGAAACCGGAUCGCACUACUACUACCAGUCUCACAUUCUGGGCAGCAUUGAUUUCAUCUUUGGCCGCGGCAGGACGCUGUUCCAGGACUGUGUGGUGGAGUCUACAGCAGAGAACUACGGAGCGAUCGCAGCACACCACAGGGAUUCGGCGGAGGAGGACACCGGUUUCUCGUUCGUGGGUUGCUUGAUCAGAGGAACAGGGAAGAUUCUGCUGGGAAGGGCAUGGGGAAACUGUUCAAGGGUCAUCUAUUCCUACUGCCAUAUUGAUGACGUGAUUACACCUCCAGGAUGGAGCGACUGGGACAAACCUGACAGGCAACGAACUGCAGUUUUUGGGGAGUACAGAUGCAAGGGAAGAGGAGCAGAUACAAGGAGGAGAGUAGCUUGGGCAAAGACCCACUUUACUCUUCAGGAAGUCAAACCCUUCUUGGACUUGAGAUUCAUAGAUGGACACCAAUGGCUGAGACUAUAGCUCUCCCUCUCACUUUCUUUCCUCUGUUUAUUCUUUCAUUCCUUCUCUUCUUUACCCCAUUCAAGGGGAUUCUGUUGCAUGAUAGAAAGAAAAGUACACAUAGCACUCUUUCGUAUAGUUGCAAGGAAAUAGGAGGAUACUGUAAGUUCACCAUUGAUAUUAAAUGAGAGACAGAACACAUGUAUGAUACACAUUAAACACAACUUAACUGU